AUGAGCACUGGGAAUCGCCCCAAAGCCCAGGUCCCCAGUCUCCGCAAAAUCCUGGGAGACCGCCCUGGCGCCUGCACGACUAGGCUACCGCCAAAGCUUUCAAACAAUUCUCGCAAGAGAAGGAAAUGCCGCGAGAACUUCGCAAAAGCCCGGGAGCCGAAGCGGGAAGAGAGGGCUCCGCCCCUAUCAGACCCCGCUGAAGUGGCUGUGCUAAAGCCGGAAGUGAAGUCAUCCAGGAGAAGAGGCACUAAGUUCGGGACAGGGCUGCAGGCGCUAGAUGUGACAGAGUUGCACCGCUGGGUGGGAGGUGAAAACGCGGAAAGAAUCCUUCCUGCUGCUGCCGCAGAAACCCCAGGGCCCGAAGCCCCAAGGCUCGAUUCCUUUCUGCUGUUCAGUUUGGAAUGUCCUAGAACUCCUUUUCCUGACUGCUUAACAGAAUCAGAAAGUGAAUCAGAGGAAGAAAAUUCCUUGGCACAUAAAUGUUGUCUGUUCUGGAGAAUGAGAUCCUCUGGUGUUCCUAACCGGAACCAAUUCCUGACUGACCCCCUCUCAAUUUUGCUCCAAUCUCACCUUUUCAAAUAUGCCUUAGAGGCCCUGGCCUUCUCUAGAGGUUGUGCUGUUCUAAGUGGAGCACUGCAACUUGCCACCCAACAAUGAAGCCAAAUAUUGAGUAAAGCUACUCCCAUACCUGAAUACUUAGACCAGGUUCCAGACUCACCUGUUGGUUGCUGUGACUGGCUAACUAAAUUGAUUAGGAAACAACCUAUUGAUGCUACUUACUCCUGCACUGGCUUCCAGAAGAUAGCUAACAGACUCCUAACUGCAUCGCUAUAAAGAUCAUCAUUUGUUCUGGUAUAUUCUGACGCUACUAAUUAAGAAAGGGAUAAAGGGCCAGGGAUUUAGUUCAGUGGCAUAAGCGCCUGCCUGGCAAGUGCAAAGUUGUGAGUUCAAUCCUCUGUACCAAAAAAGAAAAGAAAAGAAAGGGUUAAACUGUACAGUCUAUAAUUGAAAAACUUAUGCGUUUUCAACCAGACCAUGCCAUGCGCCGACAAGAGAAAUACUGCCAUAUAUUGAGUAUAUACCCAAGAGCUUGAUAAUUCAGCUACAGAAAAUGUGCGUUGUAAACAUGCCUUCUGACCAACUCUGGAUAAAAUGAAGCUGCCAGGAAGUAAGCAAAAGAGCCCAUAUUUUAAAAGAUAAGUUAAAUAUUCUCCACACUAGGUACUCUCCCUACCCCAAUUUGCUCUUCCUAUCUGAAUAUACUUCAACUAGACAUCUGAUAAUUAAUGAUAAGGGAAAAGUAGGCUAUCACUCUUUUUAUUACUCAACCAACACAACUAUUACAGAGGUAGGGCUCAACCAUAGAAAGCAAUAAGUUGGCUACCCCCCACAAAAAUCUUUCUGAGCACAAUCUUUUCUGACGUUCAUUUCUAGGGAGAUACUGAAAUUGGAUCAUUACAGAAAAGACAAUGAUAGAAGUAUGAAUUUACACUUAUAUAUUUUCCUAGGUUUAGGAAAGUCUAGAGUUCCUGUUUCUUUUGAAGAGGGAAAUCAAGCCUUAAAUCUAGCCUACAUUACUCUAAAACCUGCAGUUACAGCAUGAACAUUCUGUAUUAUAGACCUGGCUGGCUUCAGCAAGACUGGCUUGUAAGGUCAUCCCUUGGGUUUAAACAGAAUCCUGUUCUGUAAAGAAUGUAUUUCCUGGGUCUUGGCACCCAGGGUUUUGCAAGAACCAAAUACAUUUCAAAAGGUGAAUGGAAAACGAUUAAGAGAGAACUCAUGCUUUGAGUAUUAACUACCAGAAGAUUAAAAUAUUCCAUGUAUAUAGUGUUUCCUAAGACAGAAAUUUAUACCCUUUUCUACAUCCAUGACAAAUGGUUCUUUAAAGUUAGAAAGGUUCUAUAGAAAAUCUUGGCCUAACUCAACCUGAAGUUAGAGUUUAAAUGGCAUUGUGUCUCUCAGGAGAUUAGCUUUUGAUUUUCUUCUGCCUGACCGAGGAACAGUAUGUUCCCUUAUAAUAAAUCUUGCAAUGUUUAUUUAAAUGAGUUAACAUAUAUAAAAAUCAGUGCCUAGAAACAACAUAUAUAAAACAAAAUGCAUGAAAAUAUUAAAUUGUCUCACAUACCCUGAUAAAAUAUAAAUCCUGUGUGAUUCUGAAUAACUUGGCAUCUAAUGGGAAUCAGAAAACAGAUUGUUAAAAGCAUAUCAGAUAUCUUCUUUAUUUUAGUUUUAUUUUUUCCUAUUUACAUAAUUGCAUGCUAUAUAUAAGAUGGAAUCAAAAAAGCAGUGUGGAAUCACAAAUCUGUAAAUAUACAGUAAGUGUAAGGAGAGAAAAGACUGUUUAUAAUUUAAGAGAGUAUUUCUGGUGAGUAUUUUAGUUGUUUUGUCUUAAGGGAAAAGGAAGAAACUGUGGUGUAUAGAAAAAAGAAGUUUCUUUUUGAAAUUAUUGACCUGAAACUAUACCAUACUGUUAGUAUAACAGAAACUGUUCCUAUGUAGAUGUUGUAUGAAGUUGAUUUUUAACUCAUUACAAGAAAGUGUUCCUGUUUUGUUUUAUUUUUUAAGGGCAUAUGAAGAAGUAUGGAAGAGAUCUGAAAGUUAAAGUAUAUUGAUGUUUUUGUAUCCGUAUUAUGUUCCUCUCUCUCUCUCUCUCUCUCUCUCUGUGUGUGUGUGUGUGUGUGUGUGUGUGCGCAUAAAGGUACCUUACUCAUGAAUACAUUUUUAUUAUUUACUCUGUAAAGAAGUCUUCCCACAGCCUGGCAGCUGAAUAAACCAACAUCUCUGUA